AUCCUGUUUGCGACCGAGCAGUACUAUGCUUCCUUGGCGUGCGCACAUGGCCGCUAUAACACCCCUUGGCCUCGCUGUCAUUGGGCCUGACCCAAUUGUGCUGUGGCAUGACCUCGAUUUUGUAUUUAUCCAGCUGGGACCCCAUGAUCCAUGGCAGGUAGACCCGGUCUAGUCUGGAACCUUGUAGGCAGAAGGGAACUGAGCUCUUCGGCGUAUAUCUCCUGCCUGGUAUCCGCCCUGACGUCUCCGGGUACGUCCCAGCUCUUGCACGUCCCCGUCGUCGCAUGCACAGUCAACCAUGGGCGCGAAAUUACCUCUGUAUCUCGCCUUGUUGGCAGGUAUUAUCCCCUGGUCGACUGGCUCCUCUGCUCCCUUACACACUAGAGACGAUGGCGCCUUCUCACCCCCCUACUACCCAGCCCCCAACGGCGGGUGGCUUUCCGACUGGGCUAGUGCGUACGAAAAGGCGCAAAAGGUCGUCAGCAACAUGACACUAGCAGAGAAGGUAAACCUCACAACAGGCACCGGCAUGUUCAUGGGCCCCUGUGCGGGACAAACAGGAAGCGCGCUUCGAUUCGGUAUCCCGAAUCUCUGUCUGCAUGACUCCCCGUUGGGUAUCCGCAACUCGGACCAUAACACGGCUUUUCCUCCUGGCGUCACGGUGGGCGCAACGUUUGAUAAAGAGCUUAUGUAUCAACGCGGCGUCGAACUCGGAGAAGAGGCUCGUGGCAAGGGUGUUAAUGUACUCUUGGGCCCUGUUGUCGGUCCAACGUUCCGCAAGCCUAGGGGAGGCCGUAAUUGGGAAGGCUUUGGUGCGGAUCCAAGUCUGCAGGCCAUCGGCGGUGCGUUGACCAUCCAGGGCAUGCAGAGUACGGGGGCGAUCGCGAGUCUUAAACAUUUCAUCGGAAAUGAGCAGGAGAUGCAUCGCAUGAGUAGUGUUAUCACACAGGGGUAUUCUUCGAAUAUUGAUGAUCGGACACUCCAUGAACUGUAUCUGUGGCCAUUUGCGGAGGGUGUUCGUGCUGGGACGGGGUCAGUGAUGAUGGCGUAUAAUGAUGUCAACCGCUCAGCGUGUAGCCAGAAUAGUAUGCUCAUUAAUGGCAUCCUCAAGGAUGAGCUGGGCUUUCAGGGCUUCGUUGUGACGGACUGGCUCGCUCAACUCGGCGGUGUCUCGUCUGCAUUGGCUGGUUUGGAUAUGAGUAUGCCGGGAGAUGGAAGCAUUCCACUGCUUGGUGAUAGUUAUUGGGGUUCGGAGCUCUCUCGGUCUAUUCUAAAUGGUACCGUUCCAGUCGAACGUCUCAAUGACAUGGUCACGCGCAUCGUUGCGACCUGGUAUAAAAUGGGUCAGGACGAGGACUAUCCCCUGCCGAACUUCUCUAGUAACACCCUGGACGAGACUGGCCCUCUUUAUCCCGGCGCUCUCUUCUCCCCCAGCGGCGUGGUCAACCAAUAUGUGAACGUUCAAGGCAACCACAACAUCACCGCUCAUGCCAUUGCUCGCGACGCCAUCACCCUUCUCAAGAACGAGAAUAAUACUCUCCCCCUCUCAACCACUGAUUCCCUCAAGAUCUUCGGCACUGACGCCGGCCCCAACUCCAACGGGCUCAACUCCUGCACCGACCAGGGCUGCGACAACGGCGUCCUCACCAUGGGCUGGGGCAGCGGCACCUCUCGUCUUCCAUACCUCGUAACCCCCCAACAAGCCAUCGCCAACCUCUCUUCCUCCGCUGAAUUCUACAUUACCGACUCCUUCCCCUCCAACCUCCAACCCAACGCCUCCGACAUCGCUCUCGUCUUCAUCAACGCUGACUCCGGCGAAAACUACAUCACCGUCGAAAACAACCCGGGCGACCGCACUACCGCCGACCUCUACGCCUGGCACAACGGCGACGACCUCGUCAAAGCUGCCGCGGACGUCUUCUCUACCGUCAUUGUAAUCGUCCACACCGUCGGCCCCAUCCUGCUCGAGAACUGGAUUGACCUCGACCCCGUCAAAGCCGUUCUCAUCGCCCACCUCCCCGGCCAAGAAGCUGGCUACUCCCUAACCGACAUCCUCUUCGGCUCAUCUUCUCCCAGCGGCCACCUGCCCUACACCAUUCCCUACAAGGAAUCCGACUACCCCUCCAGCGUCGGGCUCCUUGACCAAGCAUUCGGACAAAUCCAAGACGACUUCACCGAGGGUCUCUACAUCGACUACCGCCACUUCCUCAAAGCCAACAUCACCCCCCGCUACCCCUUUGGUCACGGCCUCUCCUACACCACCUUCACCUACUCCACUCCCUCCCUCACGACCGUCACCGACCUCGACACAGCUUACCCUCCAGCCCGUCCAUCCAAAGGCCCAACUCCAUCAUACUCAACCGCCAUCCCCAAUCCAUCCGAAGUCGCCUGGCCCUCCUCCUUCUCUCGCAUCUGGCGCUACCUGUACCCCUACCUCGACGAUCCCCAAUCAGUCACGAACUCCUCUUCAUCCUCAUAUCCCUACCCAUCCGGCUACUCCACCACUCCGAAACCCGCACCCCGAGCUGGAGGUGGCGCCGGCGGCAACCCCGCUCUUUGGGACGUUGCAUUCGCGGUGGAAGUUACUAUCACGAAUAGUGGGAAUUACAGUGGUCGUGCUGUAGCGCAGCUAUAUGUGGAGUUACCCAUAGAUAUACUGGGGGUGGAUGCGCCGUCGAGACAGUUGAGACAAUUUGAGAAGACGGGUAUUUUGAAGCCCGGGGAGAGUGAGACGGUCCUGAUGAAUGUAACGAGGAAGGAUGUGAGUAUUUGGGAUGUAGAGGUGCAGGAUUGGAGGGUACCGGUUGGUGGGGAGGGGGUGAGGUUCUGGGUGGGAGAGAGCUUGGGGGAUUUGAGGGGGAAUUGUUUGGUCGGGGGUGGGUGUGAGGGGGUGUAA